AUGCCCACUCUCCUGAUAUACAACCCCAUCUGUGGUGCGGGCACCGCAGAGCAGCUCAUCAACACGCACGUCCUCCCCCUCCUCGAGCGUGCCAACCUCAAGCCCGACGUCGUCCUCGCGACCGAGCACCCAGGCCACGCCGGCGCGUUCGUCACCACCCACCUCGAGGCGCACGCAGGGCCCUUCACCGUCAUCCUCGCCGCGGGCGACGGCACCCUCCACGAGAUCAUCGAGGCGCUCGUGAACACCGCGCCCAAGGGCCAGCGCGCCGCCGCGCCCCCCGCCAAGCUCAACUUCGCCCUCAUCCCGAGCGGCACCGCCAACGCGCUCUACGCCAGCCUCUUUCCCCGCGCACCCACCGACGACGACACCGCCUACAAGCUCCGCAGCGUGCAGGCCCUCGUAGACGGCCGCCCGAGCGCACCCCUCACGCUCGCGCUCACCACGCUGCAGUCCCCGCCGAACAAGCGCGCCCCGCCGCGCGUCGCCGUCUCCGCCGUCGUUGCCUCCACCGCCCUGCACGCCGCCAUCCUCGCCGACUCCGAGGCCCUCCGCGCGGAGCUCCCCGGCCUCGAACGCUUCCAGCGCGCCGCCGCGCAGAACCUCGCGCGCUGGUACCACGCGUCCGUCAAGCUCUUCCCCACCGCGGCCGCGAGCGUCGUCGAGGUGUACGACCCCGCCGCGAAGGCGUUCGUGCCGCACGCGCAGAGCACGGAGGACGACCCGAUCGUCGACCUCGCCGGCCCGUUCGCGUACUUCGUCUCUGUCGUGAACGUCGACAGGCUCGAGCCGCAGUUCAGGAUUGCCCCGCUGUGGCGGGAUGCGAAGCCCGAGGGCGCGGCGCUGGACGUGGUCGUGCUGAGGCCGGAGCGCGACCCGAGCGUGCAGAUGGACUCGGAGGAGACCAGGGAGGCGUUUUCGGAGAAGGUCAAGGGCGUCAUGGGCGGGGCGUACCAAGACGGCGCGCAUGUCGGACUCACGUACACGGACGAUGGCUGUGUGCUGGAGAGCGGCGAGGGAUGGCCAGUCGUGGAGUACUUCCGCUGUGCCGGCUGGGAAUGGGAACCUGAUGACAUUGACGACCGGGCACAUCUCGUCUGCGCGGAUGGCGACAUCCACGAGAUUGUGAAAGGCGGAAAGGCGACAUGUACCGCAGCAACACCUUCCGACGACAAGUCCGGAUUUGGUGUCUACAUCUAG